AUGAGGUACUUCUUAAGUUAUCUGUUCGUGCUCCUUGUGGCCAUCGUUAUACCUAUAUUUUCGAUGUACUAUCUCCUGAAUGGAAAGGGUGAGCAAAUAAGUUUCGGAUGGUUUUUGGAAAACACAUCCCCUUACAUGUGGGGAACCUUGGGAAUUGCGUUUGCAGUUGCGUUUUCUGUGGUUGGUGCGGCAAUGGGAAUACAUACAACAGGAGUGAGCAUAGUUGGAGGAGGUGUCAAAUCACCCCGUAUCAAGACCAAGAAUUUGAUCUCCGUCAUUUUUUGCGAAGCUGUGGCUAUCUACGGUUUAAUUACUGCAAUUGUGCUUUCCGGAAUACUUGAGAAGUACACUGAACCAUUAACUGAUAUAACUAUUAAGCAGCAAAACUGGAUGGCUGGAUACGUAAUGUUCGGUGCUGGAUUAGCCGUGGGACUGGUAAACCUAUUUUGCGGUAUCGCCGUCGGAAUUGUUGGCUCGGGAGCUGCUCUUGCUGAUGCUGCAAACGCUGCACUUUUUGUCAAAAUCCUGAUUGUGGAAAUCUUUGGAUCAGCAAUUGGUCUUUUUGGUCUUAUCGUCGGCAUUUAUAUGACGUCAAAGGUUAAAAUGGGCAACCAGUAA